AAACGGUCGCCUGUUGUUGUUUGGUUGGAGACAAGCCAACCAACAAGCCAACCAACAAGCCAACCAACCAACACACCUGCUCGCUCCGUUGCUCGCUUGCUCUGCUGCUUGGUCUUGGCGUCGUCGGCACAGCCAAGGAUCCAGGGAUGGCGGGCAUCACGGGAAGGGAGAUGUUCCUGGCAUCGCUGAAGAGGAGGGGUGACCAUGGCAGCGGCGGUGGAUUCACCAGCAGCAGGAGCCUUGGAGGAGGAGGCAGCCACAGGACGCCGUUCUUGAAGUCGCUGAUGGAUGACCUGAACGCCAAUCGGCCCACCACCUAUCGCUCGACGUUGGGGGACGACGAUCGCCGAACAGCAAGGUCAUCCGCCUCUUCGCUCAGGGGUGCUGCACAUGCGUACGGGCGGCCAACCACGCGACGAAGGCAGCCACAGGCGCCACCACGCAGGCGAGAAGAUGAUCUGGCGGAUAUGGAUGCGUCAGACAAGAUGUACCAGCUGAAGAAGGAGAUUCGGGCGUGGCAGACGGAGAACAACGUCCUCAAGGGCGAAGUCAACGCCCUCAAAGUCAAGCUCUUCAAGAAGGAGCGUGCGCUGCAGAGCGUGUUGGACGAAGCUGCCCAGGAUCCCCAAGGCCCGACAACACGGCCCAAGGCCACAAACAUGCACUUUAUCGCCAAGCUCAAGUCCAAGGUUGCCGAGUCUGAGCAAGAGUCGCAGCAGCUGCGGGAGCAGCUGGACAGCGUACAGUCAAAACUCAAAUUCACGCGCAUUGAAGAGCUGGAACUCGAGGUGACGACGUACUACAACGAGACGCUCAGGCUUCGCGCCAUGCUCAACCAGCAACACCGCGGGGGACGCGCAUACGGCAGUGACGAGGACGACAGCGAUGGGGAGCAGCAGGCGUCGUCAUAUCUGCCGCCAUCGGCCACGCGUGCAAAGGCGCUCAAGGAGAAGUGCAUCUUCCUCGAAACAGAGAACGAGGACCUCAAACGGGAAUUGGAGGAGACAAAGGCCGAGGCCAGCCGCAUCAAGCAAGAACUCGGCGGUGCGGAUGGCGACGGCGCAGAUGGCGAUGAGUUUGGACGCAUGUCGCGUGCGCAGCUGCUCGAGGAAGCGCGCGCCAUGGCAAAGGACCUCAAGGCGUUGCAGAAGAAGACGAAAUCGCUGCAGACGAAACUGGACGAUGCGACAGAUGCACAGAAGGAAGCCGUUUCCGACAGCAAAAAGCUGCAGCGCAAACUCGACGCUGCCGAGAAGGAUGUGUCGUCGUUGGAGGAGAAAGCGCGCCUGCUGGAGGCAAACAACAGGGCGCUGCUGCAGCAAAUCCGUGACAACCCGUCAGCCUUACGCGACAACAUACAGCCACUGCUCGACGCCCACGCCUCCACGCUCACAUCGCGACUGGCCAAACUUGACGAAAUCGAGCCGCUGCUACAGAGCCACUCGUCGCAGCUGGAACAGAAGUUGAAGGCGCUGGAGGAGCAGACGAGGGCCGCGCGUGAUGCCCAGCAGCAGCGCGCAGAUGCACUCGUCGCAGCUAUGCCGGCCAAUCCUGAUGACGGGAAGGAGAAGGACAAGGCUGCUCGCAAACUGCAGCGACACUGGCGCAAACACAGAGCACGCGAGUCGCGAAAGAAAUCGGAGCUCGACGAGAAGAUUUCAAAGCUCCAGGCCGUACUGCGGGCGCACGCUGGGCGGAAGCGGCUGCUGGCAGCAUUGGAGGCGCGAAAAUGGGAGGACGAAGAAAAGCGAACGAGGAGACGAAAGGCAAAGGUGAAGCGACAAAGGCGGCGGCGGCACGCUGAUGACGAUGAUGAUGAUGAUGAUGAUGACGAUGAUGAUGAUGAUGAUGAUGAUGAUGACGAUGAUGAUGAUGAUGAUGAUGAUGAUGAUGAUGAUGAGGAGGAGAAGGAGGAGGAGGAGGAGGACGACGACAGUGGUGAUGAGAGGAAAAGUACGAAUCGCAAGAAGCGUACCGGCAGGCGAAGGACAGGCAGGGCGCAUAACAGUGACCAGGAGGAGGAGGAGGAUGAGGAUGAGGAGGAGGAUGACGACAUUCAGAAGAAGCAGAAGCCAAACCGACCACCAACACGCGACAAGCCAGCGCAAUCACGCCAUAGAUUCGCAUCAAACCGGCGAAAGGUGUUGGAAAAGCAGACUGCGCAGCGGCGCAAGCGGCGAGACAACGCUGGCGAUGAUGGUGAUGAUGAUGAUGAUGGUGACCACAGCGACGACGAAGCCAGUGGCGAUGAGAGGAAGCGGGCUGGUGCUCGUGCGCGCGCGCGUGGUGACGACGACGACGAUGAGUCGACGACAGACGAUGAUCUCUCGGCGAGCCAUCCCGGCCUACAACUGCCAAUCGAGGACGACCUGUUCUGAAUGGCAGCGAUGGGCGCUGUAUAUGUGUGCGCGCGUGUGUGUGUGUCUGUGUGUGUCUGUG